GGCAGAUAACCGAGAAGAUCUAACCGAGAUGCGGCACCCAACAGCUAUGAUAGCCCCCAUUGUGGGCCUGGUACUCGUGACCCUCGCGACCCUCGUCCACUCCGCUCCCGUGGAGGUCGUCUACACGGGCGAGAGCUGCGCCUGUCCCACCCAGCUGGGCUACCAACUCAACGUGCCCAAUCCCCCCAAGCCCAAGAAGUAUGCGGGCGGCGAGUACGGCUAUCGGGUGGAGAAGCCCGUCCAGACCAAGGCCAAGAUCAGCUACAGCUUCGACUUCACCGUGGAGCAGCCCAGGACAUCGGCUCCGCCCAAGACCAAUCCCUCCAAGCUGUACGCCAAGGUGGAUCGGAUCACAGUCAACAAGGCGGAUUGCCAGGCCAAGAACAAGUCCACCUGCAGCUGCUCGAGUUGCUCCAGCCAAAAGCACAGGUACGUAGCUCCACCGGUCAGGUCGCCGAACGCCAUCCGUCGUCGCCGGGAUCUCCGGCCACCAGGUUCGCUGAUCCGCCGGCGGAUGAUGCGCCAACAACAGCUCCAGGAACGUCCACCGCGCUUUGUGAAGUUCUACCACAAGGAUCUGACUCCUGCCCAACAGAAGCAGCAGCUCAAGCUCUUUGGCCUGAUCCCAGUGGAAUCCCCGCAGCCAGUGGCCGCCGCACCCAAGUCCAAGAGGAAGACCAAGAAAACCCAGCCGAGCUGGAUGGGAUUGGGUCGCCGUUUGAGAAAGCGAGAUAUCAAGGGGGAGUACGAUCUCCUCGAGCAGGAGCGCUCCCAAAUAGAUCUCACCGCCCCGGAGAUAAUCCAGUUCAUGCCGGAGACCCUGAAUCCGGACUUUAAGCCGGGCCAGUGCCACAUGGGCUGUGGAGCGAUGACAGCGGCGGCACCGCCACCAGAAGAGUCGCUGCCAAAGGUGGAGCAAGUGCCUCAAAUGAGGCAAAUGGAGCAAGUGCCUCAAUUGGGGCAAAUGGAGCAAGUGCCUCAAAUGGGACAAAUGGAGCAACAGGAACCAGUUGAGCAGCAAAAUACGAUCCCAUCCAAGAGGGCCGCCUUUGGCUACUAUCCCCUGCAGAUUCCCUCCCCGCUGAAUCAUCAAGAGGAGUACAAGUUCGUGGACGACUCACAGCUGAGGAGCCUCCUGUCCACCACCUCCGUGCCGGAUCCGCAGGAGUACAGCUCCACGCCGCUGCAGUUUGCAGGGGAUUUGGAGUCGGUCACGAGGCGAUCCUAUGGCGCACCACUUCUGGGUCUCGGCGGCGGCUAUCCCGUGGAGCACGUCUCCGACUCCCAACUGGACAGCAUCAUCUCCGGGAUAGUGUACAAUCACCCGGCCUACGAUCACCACUACUCCACCGAGGGCAGCCUGGUGGAUCCGGAGCCCGUGCAAAAGCAGCAGACCACGGAUUUCCUCAAGAAACUAAUCGAUGGCCGCCUGGGCGGCUGGGGAUUCGACCAGGGCGCGGAGCCGGAACACAGUCUGCGGGAGGAUUACGCCAGACAGCCGGCCCACACCUAUGGCUACAAAAGCCACACCCAGAAUGGCUACAGUGUGGACACCUAUAGUGCGCCGCCAAUCACGGAUUACCUGAGGGCCUGGUUCUAGACCCCCCAAAAACGAAACCUAUCUUUAGUACUUAGAAAACUAAAAAACCAUAAACCAAAAAAAAACAGAAUAUAAUAAAUUGAAAAAACA